AUGGACUGCCAUGCCACCCAUUUCUUUAGGGAAAUUAAAGAAACAAGAAAAGAACAGAAAGCUCUCUCCCCUACAAAGCCCACUCUCUGUUUCAUUCUCCAACCCCGCUUUCUCUCUCUUCAACUAUGGCGGCAACUGCGACUUUCUCCCUCUCCAACCCCUCCUCUCCCUUUAGAGAGAGAAAAUCCUCCACACCACCUCCUCACCACCACCACCGCUACCACUACCACCGCUUUCUCUCCUCCGCCUACUCCACCCCCAAAAAUCCUCUCUCUCUCUCUAGAAGCGGUCCUCUCCGACUCCCCCAUCGACCCUGCAACCCUGACCACGCACCAAAAAAACCUCUAUUCCCCUUUGCCCUCGAGCUUCAUCUCUCGCUUCGCUGAUGAAGAGCCUCGAAAGGGAGCUGACAUUCUGGUUGAAGCUCUAGAGAGAGAAAAUGUUCAACAUGUUUUCGCCUAUCCAGGCGGUGCUUCUCUUGAGAUCCAUCAGGCCCUGACCAGGUCCACAACCGUUAGCAAUGUCCUUUGUCGCCAUGAACAAGGUGAGAUCUUUGCAGCCGAAGGCUAUGCUCGAUCUACUGGUAAGGUGGGUGUUUGUAUAGCCACCUCCGGACCGGGAGCCACCAAUCUGGUUAGUGGGUUAGCUGAUGCGAUGCUUCCUUUAGUUGCCAUUACUGGUCAGGUUCCUCGUAGAAUGAAUGGAACUGAUGCUUUUCAAGAGACCCCUAUUGUCGAGGUAACCAGGUCUAUAACGAAGCACAAUUAUCUUGUUCUUAAUGUCGAUGAUAUACCUAGGAUUGUUAGAGAAGCUUUCUUUUUAGCUUCAUCGGGUCGACCUGGCCCUGUGUUGAUCGAUGUGCCUAAAGACGUUCAACAACAAAUGGCGAUACCCGAUUGGUAUCAACCCAUGAAAAUUCAUGGUUAUAUUAACCGAUUGCUGAAAAAUCCUGACCUUUCUCAGCUUGAACUGAUUGUACGUUUGAUUUUGGGAUCGAAAAGGCCUGUUCUUUAUGUAGGGGGUGGCUGUUUGAAUGCUAGUGAGGAGAGGUUUGUUGAGCUAACUGGGAUACCAGUUGCUAGUACUUUAAUGGGGUUGGGAUCGUAUUCAUGUUCAGAUGAUCUCAGCUUGCGUAUGUUAGGAAUGCAUGGUACUGUUUAUGCAAAUUAUGCUGUUGAUAAAGCUGAUCUUUUGUUAGCUUUUGGGGUUAGAUUUGAUGAUAGAGUGACAGGAAAAUUGGAGGCUUUUGCAAGUAGGGCGAGUAUUGUUCAUGUCGAUAUAGACCCAGCUGAGAUAGGAAAAAACAAGCAACCCCAUGUUUCUCUAUGUGCUGAUAUCAGGCUGGCUUUACGUGGGUUGAAUCAUUUGUUCGAGGAGAGAGAAAGGAGUGUGUCCGAUUCGUUCAUGGAGAGAGAGGGUGGUUUAACAAAUGUCGGGCUCGAUUUCUCGGCUUGGAGACAGGAAUUGCAAGAGCAGAAGAGAAAGUGGCCUCUGAGCUAUCAGACUUUUGGAGAGGCUAUUCCACCCCAAUAUGCCAUUAAAUUAUUAGAGGAGUUAACUAAGGGAAAGGCCAUUAUAAGCUCUGGAGUGGGUCAACACCAAAUGUGGGCUGCUCAAUUUUAUGAUUAUCAAAGGCCAAGACAAUGGCUAACCUCCGGUGGUUUGGGUGCAAUGGGUUUUGGAUUACCUGCUGCCAUUGGAGCUGCGGUAGAACCUGAUUCUAUUGUAGUCGAUAUUGAUGGUGAUGGUAGUUUCAUGAUGAAUGUUCAAGAACUUGCAACCAUAAGGGUCGAAAACCUCCCUGUAAAGAUGAUGGUUUUGAAUAACCAGCAUUUGGGUAUGGUGGUUCAAUGGGAAGAUCGAUUUUAUAAGGCGAACAGGGCUCAUACUUAUCUUGGAGACCCAUCAAGGGAAUCAGAGAUUUUCCCCGAUUUGUUGAAUUUCGCAGAGGCCUGUGAUAUCCCAGCUGCUCGAGUAACAAAGCUUAAUGAGCUCAAGGCUGCCAUUUUGAAGAUGUUAGAGACCCCUGGGCCUUACUUAUUGGAUGUUGUUGUGCCUCAUCAGGAGCAUGUGCUGCCUAUGAUCCCGAGCGGUGGAGCUUUCAAAGAUAUAAUUACAGAAGGAGAUGGGAGAACUUAGUACUGAGAUUGGAAGCCACUAUGGCUUGACUUUAUGGGUGCUCUAGAUUGGAAGAAAGUGAUUUUUGAACAUGAAGGGUGGCGGCUUUCAUCUGCAUGUCACUGCAUGCUGGAGUUGUUCAUAUAGUUGCUAAUAUGUUCAGCCUCCUAUUUAUUGGAGUUCGUCUUGAACAAGUGUUUGGUUUUGGUAAAGUUCAGAUCAUUCUCUUCAUUCCAUUGUUUUGUGGACGCCUCCUUCAUAUCAUUGGUCUUGAGCUCAACCAGUAAAUGGAGAUCUAAAAUACGAGUGUUUAUCUGGGAAAGUAUUGGCAUUUGUAUAAUGUGUGAACUUUGGGAAUGCCAACUUUUCAAAUGCAAGCAUUUAACUUAUUAAAAAAGUUAUUUGUUCCUUCAACA